UAGACAGCUUUGCGGAGCGGGCGAGCCCUCGGGGCCAAUUUCCGGAGUCCAGGGCUCGCCCGAGGGCUGCUGUUACAGCCAUGGCGGCCUCCACCGCGGCAGGGAAGCAGAGGAUACCCAAGGUGGCCAAGGUGAAAAACAAAGCCCCCGCUGAGGUGCAGAUAACUGCGGAGCAGCUUCUGAGAGAAGCUAAGGAAAGGGAGCUUGAGCUCCUUCCACCUCCCCCUCAACAGAAGAUCACAGAUGAAGAAGAAUUAAAUGAUUACAAACUAAGGAAGAGGAAGACUUUUGAAGAUAACAUAAGAAAAAACAGGACUGUGAUUAGUAACUGGAUAAAAUACGCACAAUGGGAGGAGAGUCUAAAGGAGAUUCAGAGGGCUCGAUCCAUCUACGAACGUGCUUUAGAUGUGGACUAUCGGAAUAUCACACUCUGGCUGAAAUAUGCAGAAAUGGAAAUGAAGAAUCGCCAGGUGAACCACGCCCGAAAUAUCUGGGACCGGGCCAUCACGACUCUGCCUCGGGUCAACCAGUUCUGGUACAAGUACACGUACAUGGAGGAGAUGCUGGGGAACGUUGCCGGAGCCCGGCAGGUGUUCGAGCGCUGGAUGGAGUGGCAGCCGGAGGAGCAGGCCUGGCACUCCUACAUCAACUUCGAGCUGCGGUACAAGGAGGUGGACCGCGCCCGUGCCAUCUACGAGCGAUUUGUUCUCGUGCACCCCGACGUGAAGAACUGGACCAAGUACGCCCGCUUUGAGGAGAAGCACGGCUACUUUGCCCACGCGCGGAAGGUGUACGAGAGGGCCGUGGAGUUCUUCGGGGACGAGCACAUGGACGAGCACCUGUACGUCGCCUUUGCCAAAUUUGAAGAAAAUCAGAAAGAAUUUGAGAGGGUGCGAGUGAUCUACAAGUACGCCCUGGACAGGAUUUCAAAGCAGGAGGCCCAAGAGCUCUUUAAAAACUACACCAUCUUUGAGAAGAAGUUUGGUGACAGGCGGGGCAUCGAAGACAUCAUCGUGAGCAAACGGAGAUUCCAGUAUGAGGAAGAAGUGAAGGCCAACCCGCACAACUACGACGCGUGGUUCGACUACCUGCGCCUGGUGGAGAGCGACGCGGAGGCGGAGGCGGUGCGGGAGGUGUACGAGCGCGCCGUCGCGCACGUGCCGCCCGUGCCCGAGAAGAGGCACUGGCGGCGCUACAUCUACCUGUGGGUCAACUACGCGCUGUACGAGGAGCUGGAGGCCAAGGAUCCCGAGAGGACAAGACAGGUUUACCAAGCCUCUCUGGAACUAAUUCCUCAUAAAAAGUUCACGUUUGCCAAAAUGUGGUUACUAUAUGCACAGUUUGAAAUAAGACAGAAAAAUUUACCAUUUGCCAGGAGAGCUUUGGGAACUUCCAUAGGCAAGUGUCCGAAGAACAAGCUGUUUAAAGGCUACAUUGAACUGGAGCUACAGCUUCGAGAGUUUGACAGAUGCCGGAAGCUUUAUGAGAAGUUCCUGGAGUUUGGACCUGAAAAUUGUACCUCUUGGAUUAAAUUUGCAGAAUUAGAGACAAUCCUUGGCGACAUCGAGAGAGCACGGGCGAUCUACGAGUUAGCCAUCAGUCAGCCGCGCCUGGACAUGCCAGAGGUGCUUUGGAAAUCAUACAUUGAUUUUGAAAUCGAGCAGGAAGAAACUGAGAGAACCCGGAAUCUUUAUCGACGACUGCUUCAGCGCACGCAGCAUGUCAAGGUAUGGAUCAGUUUUGCACAGUUUGAGUUGUCUUCAGGGAAAGAAGGAAGUGUGGCUAAAUGCAGACAAAUCUACGAAGAGGCGAACAAAACCAUGCGAAACUGUGAGGAAAAGGAAGAGAGACUUAUGCUGCUGGAAUCUUGGCGAAGCUUUGAAGAUGAAUUUGGAACAGUGUCAGAUAAGGAGAGAGUCGACAAGCUCAUGCCAGAGAAAGUCAAGAAGAGAAGAAAGGUGCAGGCUGAUGACGGGUCUGACGCGGGCUGGGAAGAAUACUAUGAUUACAUCUUCCCGGAGGAUGCUGCCAACCAGCCCAACCUCCGGCUCCUGGCCAUGGCCAAGCUCUGGAAGAAACAGCAGCAGGAGAAGGAGGCUGGGGAGCAGGACCCGGACAAGGACCCUGCGGACAGUGAACCCGGGCCUUCUGGUCCCUGUUGAUAGACCUUUUAUUAUUUUUAUAAAUUUACAUUUUGAAA